AUUGUAGAUGCAUAUUCGAAGUGGCUCGAAAUUGCCCUAAUGCCAUCUACCACUUCUGAGGCCGUAAUCAAAGUACUCAGAAAACUAUUCGCAACACACGGGUUGCCGGACACCCUGGUAUCUGACAAUGGGCCCCAAUUCAUGGCAACUCAGUUUGAAGGCUACCUAGCCAGAUUAGGCAUAAGACAUGCAUUAUUCGCUCCUUUUCAUCCGGCUUCUAAUGGCCUUGCAGAGAGAUUUGUAAGAACGGCCAAAGAAGCUCUUUCCUGGCUUGAUGCAGGGGACUGGCAGGCUAGAAUAGAUGAGUUCUUAGCGGUACAGCACGCCACCCCGUGCCCCACCUCGGGCCGUAGCCCAGCCCAGCUCUUAAUGGGCCGAAAGCUAAGAUGCGUUCUCGACCGACUGCAUCCCAAUUACUCCCCCGAUAGCUUCAAGGGGGAAGGGGGAGGACUAAGACAGUUCCAAGUAGGAACACCAGUUUUUGCUAGAAGUUACACCAAUGGGCCCUUAUGGGUAGAGGGAACCAUCGUAGGAAUUACCGGCCCAAAGUCAUAUACAGUCGAUAUAGGGCAUGGUAAAAUCUGGAGGAGGCAUAUAGAUCAAUUGCGUAAACGUUUACAAAACGAAAACUCAUGUCCUAACUUUCAAGGUCUUCCUGACACAGCUACCUCAAGCCCGAGUAAGCCGGAAUACUUAUCUGGCAACCCUGAGUUCCAGCGCCGCCCCAGCGAGCCGACACUCCCAGCCGGAGAUAGCCACACCUCUGGAGAAAUCCAGGAGGUUCCAUUGGCGGAGCCGGGAGAGACGGGAGGUCCCUCCGACCGGCUUGACGCCUCGCCAACAACUGAACUGCGCAGGUCAACCAGCAAUAAGACACGCCCUGGUCACCUGCGUGUAUGUAAAUAUGUAAAUAGAUAGAAUAAGUGCCUUCUGGGAGUGGAGGGGUGUUAUGUAUGUAUCUAUUUUGUGCGGGAAAUUCAAAUGUACAGUGAAGUCUGAUUGGUUCUUGGUCGCCCCUGAAAAGUAUAUAAAGAGGGCUGUUGCCUGUGUUCCUUUGCUGAAGUCUCACCCUGAAUUAAAGAGCUGUUGUUACUAGCCUGCUUGUGCCUCUCGUUAUUCCUGCGCUACAACAACAACAGUGAUGAAAAGUAGUUUUUUGACCAAUCGUUGAAUUUAUGACCUUCACAGAUCUGUAAAACAAAGGAAAGCUGAAAUAAGAUACCGUAUUUUUUGGAGUAUAAAACGCACUGGAUUAUAAAACGCACCUACCUUUUUUGGUGAGGAAAAGAAGAAAAAGAAAUCUCCCUCUGCCUCUGAGCAAUUUUGCCUCGUUGCAGCAAACAGCUUGCUUUACUUUCAUUUUCGUUUUCAGCAUAGUUUGAUUAGCACAAGGGACAAAAAAAAUCUGCUCCAGCAAUUUUCUUCCUUGCAGCAAGCAGCAGAGACCUGCGCAAGACAGCUGAGAGCAAAACAGCUGAGAGUCGGGAGGCCGAUCCAAUCAACUUGUGCUAAUUAGGUUGUGCUGAAGCUGAAA